AUGGCAGACCAGUUAGAGACGGGGAAGGAGAUGGUGGAUGACAGGGUGGUAGAGGCUGAGGAGGAGGUCGAAGAGGCAGAGCAGGAGGAGAAGAAGGAGACAGUAGACAUGGAGAUCGACGCAGAAGAAGAGAAGGCAGAGGAGAUAGACUCGGCAGUUGAGAACAUGAAGAGAGUGGUAGAAAAGUUACCGGAGGAGGAGGAGAAGUUGAACAUCGAAGAGGAGCAGAUGGAACUUGGAGAUCAGGAUCUGGUGGUAGCUGCUGAGGAGCAGACAGUAGCGGUCGAGGGGGAGCAGAUUGAGGUCGAGCAUGCUGAGGUGGAGCCGGUGAUGGCUAAGGGGGAAAAGGAAGUCGUUGCAAAAGAGGAGACUGAGGAGGCAGCCAAUGCAUCGGAGCGGGUAGAUGCAGCAGAAGAGGAGGAGGAAGAGGAUAUGCAGGUACAAGAGGAGCAGUUUGAGGCAAAUGAUGAAAUGGCCGAGGAAAAGGUGGAGGCAAAAGAAGAGCACGUCGUUGUUGCUGAGGAGCAAGAAGUUGUGGCUGAAGAAGAGGAGGUGGUUGCUGAUGAGAAGCAAGUAGUCUCGGCUGAAUUGAAGGUGAAGGCUGAGGUGGAACCGAUCAAGGAUGGAGAGGAGCGGAAUGGGGCUGUUGUGGAGCAGCUGGAGACUAAGACUGAGGGAGCGGAGCAGGUCUUGAUGUGUGAGGAGGAGAAUGCCGAAAAGGCGAAGGUAGAGGGGCAUCUGGAGAAGGAUGAGCAGAAGCUGUCCGAUGAGGCUGAGGAAAAGCAGUCUGAGGAGGCUGAGGAAAAGCAGUCUGAGGAGGCUGAGGAGAAGCAGUCUGAUGAGGCUGAGGAGAAGCAGUCUGAGGAGGCUGAGGGGGAGCAUUCUAAGGAGGCUGAGGAGAAGCAGUCUGAUGAGGAGCAAGGUGAAGCCGACAAGCCGAUGGGGGAGAAGGCUGGGGCAGUGGAGUUGGAGGAUUUCGAGAAGGCAGAUUGCGAGCAGGAGGGUGAUGAUGAGAAGAAAGAUCGUAUUAGAAGGAGAACCAAGUGGUGGAAACUUCUUUGUUGUUUUGGUUGGAGGAGGCGAAGGAGGAGGCACCUUUCAGAAUAA